GUCCCAACAGGUUUCUUUUCCAUAAUUCUUCCUUGAACCUGAGAAACAGAGUGCCCGAGCUUACCCCUUUUCCAACCAUGAAGAGCAAGAAGAACCACCGACACUCAUUAAACUCAAGUGUCCAUUACUAACACUGUGCUUGAUAUGAUAGAGAGAGAGAGAGAGAGAGAGAGAGAGAGAGAGAGAGAGAGAGAGAGAGAGAGAGAGAGAGAGAGAGAAAGUGUGUGUGUUGGUGUGUGUGUUGGUGUGUGUGUGUGCGUGAGAGAGAGAGAGAGCAACCCGACACUAGGUCAGUAAACCACUAGGUGGAAAAGGCUCAGCAUAACCACCACCACACCAUGUCAUUUAAGGUGGACCAGGCUCAGCAUAACCACCACACCAUGUCAUUUAAGGUGGACCAGGCUCAGCAUAACCACCACACCAUGUCAUUUAAGGUGGACCAGGCUCAGCAUAACCACCACACCAUGUCAUUUAAGGUGGACCAGGCUCAGCAUAACCACCACACCAUGUCAUUUAAGGUGGACCAGGCUCAGCAUAACCACCACACCAUGUCAUUUAAGGUGGACCAGGCUCAGCAUAACCACCACACCAUGUCAUUUAAGGUGGACCAGGCUCAGCAAAACCACCACACCAUGUCAUUUAAGGUGGACCAGGCUCAGCAUAACCACCACACCAUGUCAUUUAAGGUGGACCAGGCUCAGCAUAACCACCACACCAUGUCAUUUAAGGUGGACCAGGCUCAGCAUAACCACCACACCAUGUCAUUUAAGGUGGACCAGGCUCAGCAUAACCACCACACCAUGUCAUUUAAGGUGGACCAGGCUCAGCAUAACCACCACACCAUGUCAUUUAAGGUGGACCAGGCUCAGCAAAACCACCACACCAUGUCAUUUAAGGUGGACCAGGCUCAGCAUAACCACCACACCAUGUCAUUUAAGGUGGACCAGGCUCAGCAUAACCACCACGCCAUGUCAUUUAAGGUGGACCAGGCUCAGCAUAACCACCACACCAUGUCAUUUAAGGUGGACCAGGCUCAGCAUAACCACCACACCAUGUCAUUUAAGGUGGACCAGGCUCAACAUAACCACCACACCAUGUCAUUUAAGGUGGACCAGGCUCAACAUAACCACCACACCAUGUCAUUUAAGGUGGACCAGGCUCAGCAUAACCACCACACCAUGUCAUUUAAGGUGGACCAGGCUCAGCAUAACCACCACACCAUGUCAUUUAAGCUGCUGCUCCAGUUUCAACUGUUCUAUGGAAUCCUGACCUGUUCACCGGACGUGCUACCUGUCCCAGACCUGCUGUUUUCAACUCUCUAGAGACAGCAGGAGCGGUAGAGAUACUCUUAAUGAUCGGCUAUGAAAAACCAACUGACAUUUACUCCUGAGGUGCUGACUUGCUGCACCCUCGACAACUAAUGUGAUUAUUAUUAUUAUUAUUAAGACUGCCCACCCCUCAUAGACUGGUUCCUCUCUAGGUUUCUUCCUAUGUUUUGGACUUUUUAGGGAGUUUUUCUUAGCCACUGUGCUUCUACACCUGCAUGGCUUACUGUUUGGGGUUUUAGGCUGGGUUUCUGUUCAGCACUUUGAGAUAUCAGCUGAUGCACAAAGGGCUAUAUAAAUACAUUUGAUUUGAUUUAAAGUGGACCAGGCUCAGCAUAACCACCACACCAUGCCAUUAAAUACUUCCACACCACUGCCAUGUAACCUUGACAACCAUAACCGGUACCGAGUGAUAGUCUCCCGGUUUGGCAGUUGGAGGAUAUGGGCAGGAAAAUGUAAGCUUUGUCUGGUUUGUAAAACCUGUCUAGGCGAUUAUAGCGUAAGGGCCCGUACUUCCAAUAAAAUUGAUGAAUAAUUUCGGUUUCCCUUUCGGGAAUGAAGGGGCAGUUAUAGGAAUUGCAUCAAAUAGUGGACAGACCGUGGGUUGGGAAAGUCUGGGAGGAGAGAUGAGGUUGAGGUCGUCUGUCUACGAUGCAUAAUCUGUUAGUGUCUGUACAGGACUUCAGUAGCAGCUGAUGACUAAGGUCCAGUUGGAGUUGGUAGUCUGUGUGUGUGUGUGUGUGUGUGUGUGUGUGUGUGUGUGUGUGUGUGUGUG